AUGGCGGUGGCUUUGUACCCCAUAUCUGGCACAUUGGUUGGCUGCAUUGGAUGCAUGUAUUUUGUAGAAUCUAUCGCCAAGGAACAACCUAGUUCGAUGAAUCUGAUGACUUUUUCGACAUUUCUUUUCAUAUCGUUGGAAGGAUUAAUUUUUACGUCGAAAUUUUUUGCUGUCCCCAAUAAAAUUCCCAUACGUGGUUAUCUGCCAACAGUAAUAACAUUCUUUUGUGUUAAUAUUAUCAACAACCAAGCUUUGAAUUUUCAUGUUCCUGUCCCCUUACAUAUCAUUUUUCGAUCAGGUUCACUGUUAGCUAGCCUAAUUUUCACGAAAAUUUUACAAGGGAAGCAGUACUCAUUGCGGAAAUACUUAGCAGUUCUGUCGAUCACGGUUGGCAUAAUCAUAUGUACUACCGCUACUGCUCAUUUGGAGAAAAUAGAUGGAAAAGAAACAAUGGAUAGCGUCGAGAAGCACUAUCAAGAAUGGCUAGUCGGCUUGACUAUGCUUACUAUAGCUUUACUAGCAUCCGCAUAUUUGGGAAUUUGUCAAGAAACAAUGUAUAAGACUUACGGAAAACAUACUGAGGAAGCUGUAUUUGUAAUUCACAGUGCUUCAUUACCAUUUUUUGCAUUUAUGGGUGGAGAUAUUUAUAAAUCAGCUGUUCAAUUUUCACGUAGUUAUCCGAUGAAUAUUUUUGGCUUUCAUGUUCCACACAUGUGGGCUUAUCUUGCUGCUACAUGCGUUUUGCAAUGGAUGUGCAUUAGUUUUAUAUAUCGUUUAAAUGCUACUUUUGAAUCGUUAACCGUAACAAUGGUUGUUACCAUACGGAAGUUUCUUUCUUUACUUAUCUCCAUUGUUUGGUUUCGGAAUCCAUUCACGUUAGCACAUUGGGUUGGCGCAGCGUUGGUGUUUACUGGUACACUUGCAUUUGCCGAUAUUUGGACUAACCAUACUGGUACAGCGAAGGAAAAUAAGAGAAAAUAUUAA